GUCCGCGCGCAGGAGCAUCCAUUCUGCCUCCAAUAAGCGAUCUAGAGAGACUGAAGAAGGAAUGAAAGAGACACCAGAAGAGAGUUUGGCACAACUUGGCUGAAGACUCGGAGUGUUACACAUCAACAGGGGCUGUCUGUCCCCUUAUAUGAGCAGGAGGCGCGCAUCUUCCCGGACAGCACUGUAGCAUCUCCUUGCCCUGGACCGUAUACGCGAGGAACACUUGCAAAGGGAUCGCGGAAACCUGCUAGGGUGCGCGUGCGUGCGUGCGUGCGUGCGUGCGGCGAAGCCAUGGUCCUGAACGCUUCUGACCUGGGCUGGGACGAGUCUUCAGGAGCAGAACCCCUCUCCCCUCAGGACCGGCCCGACGGCUCGUCGCCGUAUCAGGUGCCCCCGCUCACGGCGUGGGGCGUGGCCCUGUGCGUCUCGGGAACCCUCAUCACCAGCGAGAACGCCAUCGUGGUGGCCACCAUCUUGGCCACGCCGUCUCUCCGCGCCCCCGUCUUCCUGCUGCUCGCCAGCCUGGGCCUGGCCGACCUGCUGGCGGGCGUCGCUCUCAUCCUGCGCUUCCUCUUCCUGUUCUGCGUGGAGCCCAGCGACUGGUCCGAGCUGAUGACCUCAGGCCUGCUGGUGACAUCCCUGACCGCCUCGCUCUGUAGCCUGAUGGGCGUCGCCCUGGACCGAUACCUGUCCCUGAGCCACGCCCUCACCUACGGGUCCAGUCAGUCCCGGCGCAGAGCCGCUGUGCUCCUGCUGGCGGUCUGGCUGGGCGCGUGUGCCAUCGGAGCAGGACCUGUGAUGGGAUGGCACUGCCUUGGAGAGCCGACCUCCUGCUCGGUGGCGCGGCCUCUGACCCGCACAUACCUGUCGCUGCUGUGCGGUGGCUUCCUGGUGGUCGUCAUAGUAACCCUGCAAUUGUACGCGGGCAUCUGCCGCGUGGCGCGGCGGCACGCUCACGCCAUCGCCACCCAGAGGCACUUCCUGCCCGCCAACCAAUCAUAUGCAAGCAAACACAGCAGCGGGAGGGGCUUCUCGCGGCUGAUCCUGGUCCUCAGCGUGUUCGUGGGCUGUUGGAUGCCGUUCUCGCUGUGGGGGCUGCUGGGAGACGCCUCCAGCCCCCCCCUCUACACCUACGCCACCUUGGUGCCGGCGGCGGGCAGCUCCCUCCUGAACCCCAUCCUCUACAGCCUGAGGAACAAAGACAUUCGUAAGGUGCUAGUCCACGCCUGCUGCCCCCGCAGAUGCACACACAGCGCACACAUACACUACCCCGUGGACGUGUAGACUGACAGCACACGACCUAUGCCAGACGUAUCCCUACUGGUGUGCCAAGUUACACACAUUGUUGCACUGACUGUCAUUCGCAUACAGCACAUGAUGCCUCGCAUACACACACACACACACACACACUCCCACACACAGACGCAGCACUUUCAGAGAGAUGAAGUCCUUCUGCGAAUCAGAAUGUACUGAACUGUGCUGGCUGACAGCCAUCCUGGAACAGCCCUGCCACAAAGACUAAACAUACUAUCUUGUGUGUACUUUGUGCCUCAUCCGCAGUUAAUUGUAGCUCCACUGGAUCCCAAGUAUAAAACAAUCACAGGGAUGUUACUGUAUGUUUGAAUCCCCACUCAUCAAAAGUGGAUCCGAUGACCAUCUGCACUUUAAUACGAGAAGAGGAACGGGCUUCUCCCAGUGUGAUGACAUGUGACCCAAAGCCCAGUUUUAUUUACUUGAAUGUCUAGAAAAUAUGUUCUAGAUCUUUGAGAUUCUAUUUUGCACAUGCUUUUAAAGGCACUGAUGUUCAUGUUGCACAACCUUUUUGAAAUGAGUGAAUAUUUUAUACCGAUGAAUAAUAAAUAUGAUUUUUUUCUA